AUCGACCAUCAACUCACACGAUCUGCACAGCAGAGCUGCUUUACAUUUUUGUUUACGAUAUCGAUGAUAAAAUAUUGAACAUUGAAUUAAAUGGUAAAUAUAAAAUAAAGGCCUCACUCUCUGAUCUCUAUCUAUCUCUACAUCGUUUCCGUACAUCGGCGAUUACGAAUCGUAGAUCCACUCCGUUUAAUCGCCGGCGAUCUCGAUGCGUCGAUAUCUCCUUCUCCUCCUCCUUCACUUUGUCGUCUCUCCGGCGUUCGCUUCUGAGUCCGAUCACAAGUAUCAAGCAGAUGACCCCGUGACAUUAUGGGUAAACAAAGUUGGGCCUUAUAAUAAUCCGCAAGAGACAUACAACUAUUACACUCUUCCAUUUUGUCAUCCACCUGGUGAAGCUGGUCACAAGUGGGGUGGUCUGGGUGAGGUGUUGGGUGGAAAUGAAUUGAUCAAUAGCCAAAUAGACAUAAAGUACCAGAAAAAUGUGAACAAGAGAACUAUCUGUGAGCUUGAACUUGAUGAUGAUAAGGUCAAACAGUUCAAGGAAGCUAUAGAAAAUAGCUAUUGGUUUGAAUUUUUCAUGGAUGAUCUGCCACUAUGGGGUUUUGUUGGCGAGCUGCAUCCUGAUAGGAACAAUGAAAACAAGCAUGUGGUUUACACACACAAGAAUAUUAUUGUGCAGUACAAUAAAGAUCAGAUUAUUCAUGUUAACCUCACUCAAGAGAACCCAAAACCGUUGGAAGCUGGGAGAAUAUUGGAGUUGACAUAUUCUAUUAAAUGGGAGCCCACUAAUAUCACUUUUGCUCAUCGUUUUGAUGUUUACCUGGACUACCCCUUUUUUGAGCAUCAGAUUCAUUGGUUCUCUAUUUUUAAUUCAUUUAUGAUGGUUAUCUUCCUCACUGGUCUGGUUUCAAUGAUAUUAAUGCGCACACUAAGAAAUGAUUAUGCUAAAUACGCUCGGGAAGACGAUGAUUUGGAAUCUUUGGAAAGAGAUGUAAAUGAAGAAUCUGGAUGGAAACUUGUCCAUGGAGAUGUUUUCAGGCCUCCUCAUCAUUUGGUAGUACUUUCAGCUGUUGUUGGUACGGGAGCUCAGUUGGCAUUGUUGAUUCUUCUUGUAAUUGUGGUUGCAAUGGUUGGGACAUUGUAUGUCGGGAGAGGAGCCAUUGUCACAACCUUUAUAGUAUGCUAUGCCUUCACAUCAAUUAUAUCAGGUUAUGUCAGCGGUGGAAUGUAUUCACGCAUGGGUGGGAAAAAAUGGAUAAAGUCAAUGAUCUUGACAGCUUCUCUGUUCCCAUUUUUGUGCUUUGGGAUCGGCUUUGUCCUGAACACUGUUGCUAUAUUUUACGGGUCUCUAGCAGCUAUUCCAUUUGGUACAAUGGUGGUGGUUUUUGUGAUUUGGAGUUUUAUCUCCUUCCCUCUGGCUCUUCUCGGUACAGUUUUUGGAAGAAAUUGGAGUGGUACUCCAAACAAUCCAUGUCGUGUGAAGACCAUUCCUCGUCCAAUUCCGGAGAAGAAGUGGUACCUCACACCAUCAGUUGUUUCAAUAAUGGGAGGUUUACUGCCCUUUGGUAGCAUAUUCAUUGAGAUGUACUUUGUCUUCACAUCUUUCUGGAACUACAAGGUGUAUUAUGUAUACGGUUUUAUGCUGCUAGUUUUUCUGAUCCUCAUUAUUGUUACUGUAUGUGUAACAAUAGUGGGCACUUACUUCUUGUUGAAUGCCGAGAAUUAUCACUGGCAGUGGACUUCAUUCUUUUCGGCUGCAUCAACCGCUGUUUAUGUAUACUUCUAUGCAGUAUAUUAUUUCUAUGUUAAAACCAAGAUGUCAGGUUUCUUCCAAACCAGCUUCUAUUUUGGGUAUACACUGAUGUUUUGCCUUGGCCUAGGAAUCCUUUGUGGUGCUGUUGGUUAUUUGGGUUCUAAUCUUUUUGUGAGGAGGAUUUACCGAAAUAUAAAGUGUGAUUAGUUAUAUCCAAGAAAUACAAGUCUGCUUCCUCAUGUUGGUCAGGAAUCCCAGAACAAGAUGGAUGGGAACCAAGUCAUGCAAGUAAAGACCACUUCGACCCAGGAAGAUUAAUCUUCAGAAUUGAAAAGCCCUUUGUACCUUUUUCCUGGGCUGUAGGAGUAAGCAUUCUUACUAGAAUUAGAUUUCGAAAAAUUGUUUUAUAAUCUAAAAAGUUAAUAUGAUGUAGACUCAUAAUUGUAGUUAUUCACUUCCCUUAAACAUGGAUACCCUCUAUGGGCACACUGUUCCUGGCAUCAUUUCCUUGUGUGUCCGUUUCUAGUUCUAUUAGUUUGCUUAUUUUUGAGCUGUAAUAUUGUUUAAGAAUUGAAUUUUUGAGGGGAGACGAUUGUUUCUUAUAUAUGUGUUGCAAUAUUUUGACUCCAA